CUCACUCCACCCUCCUCACUCGUCCUCUGUUUGCUUCCAUCAGCACACACUCAUGGAUUAUCAUCAUCAUCACCUUCCUCUUCUGCUGCUGUGGACCUGCAGCUUCCUGCCAGAUCUCCAGCUCUGCUUCAACUUCGACACGAAGAACUUCAAGAUCUUCUCGGGGUCCAAAGAAAACCACUUCGGUUACACGGUCCAGCAGCACGAGGCGGGACAACGCCAGUGCUCUGCGUGGAGCCGCGUGUCAGAGGUUGACCCCUGUGACCCCUGUGACCCCUGUGACCCCUGUGACCCCUGUGACCCCUGUGACCUCUGUGGUCAAACCUCCCGCGAGACGACUUUACCCAGACGACUGUUUAUGUUGCUAGGGUGUGAGACGUUCAUGGACAUCGUGAUCGUCCUGGACGGUUCUAACUCCAUCUACCCGUGGUACGAGGUCCAGGACUUCCUCAUCACCGUCCUGCAGAAGUUCUACAUCGGCCCAGGUCAGACGCAGGUGGGGGUGAUCCAGUACGGCUCCACCGUGGUCCAUGAGUUCGGUCUGGCUGAGUACCAGACGGUGGAGGAGGUGGUGGAGGCCGCCCGGAGCAUCGACCAGCGGGGGGGCGAGGAGACCAGGACGGCACUGGGCAUCAACGUGGCGCGGUCGGAGGCGUACAGGCGCGGCGGUCGUCCCGGCGCCCAGAAGGUGAUGAUCGUGAUCACCGACGGAGAAUCUCACGACAGCCCCCAGCUGGUGCAGGCCGUUGGAGACAGCAAGAGGGACAACGUCACCAUGUACGCCAUCGCGGUUCUGGGUUACUAUAACCGGCGGGGGAUCAACCCCGAAGCCUUUCUGAAGGAGAUCAAGUUCAUCGCCAGCGACCCGGACGAGGAGCACUUCUUCAACGUGACGGACGAGUCGGCGCUGAAGGACAUCGUGGACGCGCUGGGAGACAGGAUCUUCUCUCUGGAAGGAACCAGCAGUCAGGGUCGGAGGUUCGGUCUCCAGAUGGCUCAGGCUGGUUUCUCCUCCCAUUUAGUCAGAGAUGGCGUGCUGCUCGGGGCGCCGGGCGCCUACGACUGGAACGGCGCCGUGCUGAAGGAGACCAAACACGGGAAGGUGGUCCCCCCGAAAUCCUCGUACGAAGACGAGUUCCCCGACGAGCUGAAGAACCACGCAGCCUACCUGGGCUACGCUGUGGGGUCCCUGGUCUCGGCUCGCGGCUCCCAGCUCUACCUGGCCGGAGCUCCGAGGUUCAACCACACCGGGAAGGUUAUCGUCUUCUCCCUGAGGAACACCGGGAACCUGACCAUCCUGCAGGCGCUGCCGGGAGAGCAGAUCGGCUCGUAUUUCGGCAGCGAGUUGUUGUCGAUGGACGUCGACGCCGACGGACUGACGGACGUAGUCGUGGUGGCGGCGCCCAUGUUUUACACCGAGGGCUGGGAGAGAGGGAAGGUCUACGUCUACACCAUCACCCCCCAGACGUCCUUCGUCCUGCAGGGGGCGCUGGAGGUUUCCGAGCGCUCCCAGAACUCCCGGCUGGGUUCUGCGCUGGCCCAGAUCCCCGACAUGAACGGGGACGGGUUCAGGGAGCUGGUAGUGGGAGCACCGCUGGAGGACGACCACCAGGGGGCGGUCUACGUGUUCCAUGGCCAGGACAAAACCAUCAAACACCAGUACAGACAGGUAAGAGAUCUGGAACCAGGUCUAAGAGGAAGUAGCGUCAGGGUGUCCAACCUCUGCAGAGGAAGUAGCGUCAGGGUGUCCAACAUCUGCAGAGGAAGUAGCGUCAGGGUGUCCAACCUCUGCAGAGGACGCCGGUUCAGGGUGUCCAACCUCUGGAGAGGAAGUAGCGUCAGGGUGUCCAACCCCUGCAGAGGACGCCGGGUCAGGGUGUCCAACCUCUGCAGAGGAAGUAGCGUCAGGGUGUCCAACCUCUGCAGAGGAAGUAGCGUCAGGGUGUCCAACCUCUGGAGAGGAAGUAGCGUCAGGGUGUCCAACCUCUGCAGAGGACGCCGCGUCAGGGUGUCCAACCUCUGCAGAGGAAGUAGCGUCAGGGUGUCCAACCUCUGCAGAGGAAGUAGCGUCAGGGUGUCCAACCUCUGCAGAGGAAGUAGCGUCAGGGUGUCCAACCUCUGCAGAGGAAGUAGCAUCAGGAUUUCCAACCUCUGCAGAGGAAGUAGCGUCAGGGUGUCCAGCCUCUGCAGAGGAAGUAGCGUCAGGGUGUCCAACCUCUGGAGAGGAAGUAGCGUCAGGAGGACAGAUGUGUCCCUGCUGUUGCGUCAUGGUGUCCAACCUCUGCAGAGGACGAAGCGUCAGGCGAGCAGACACCACCAGCCUCCUCCGCCCGGUCUCCACCACGUGCAGCGAGGCGUCGGCCGGCCGGCGCCAGCAGAGCGACCAGGCGGCUCCGUCCCUCCGGCUGCAGAACGUCCUGCAGGAGAAAACACACCAACCAUCACCUGGACUCUUCAUGAGGAAAACCUGUUUCUGAGGAUCGGUCGUCACCAGCUAACCUUUCCAUCCACCUGUCAAUCAAAUUAUCUGAAGUUGGAGCUCAACCCUGACCCAACGGUGCUGGAUGUAGGAUGCAGGGGACAACCUCUCACCUCAGUCCUCAGGACGCUGGACCAGUCGGGGUCCAACACCGGCCCCUCGUCUGGGCUGCUCAGCCCCCUGUCCCCUGAUUGGUUGUUCUGGGCGGCGGCAGGUCCUCAGCUGUCCCCUGAUUGGUUGUUCUGGGCGGCGGCAGCGAGCAGUGAGACCCAGAGACCUGCGAAGACCAAGAGGACGAGGCUGGUUCCCGUGCCCGGUUACAGCCCAGACGUCGGCCCUGAACAGGACGUCCUGCACGGAGAACAGGCCCAGGUUCUGGAUCUGCACGCAGAGUCACAUGGUGCUUACCCACUGCUAGAACCGGCCCAGCCCGGCCCGGCUCGGCCCGGCCUGGCUCGGCGACAUUUUCCCGCUCAGCUCGGCUUCUUCAGACGGAGAAGACAGGAAGAGGACGAGCAGCCAGUAGCCAAUGGGAAGGCAGCAGAGGAGCUGUGAGGAGACAACGAUGCUGCGUUGGUCUGGUCCUCGUCAACAUGUACACACACA